CUGGGCAAUGGCUGCGCCCUAUGCUCCUGUACACUGCAUACUGUAUCCACAUUGAUUUUGUAACCUGUAAGAUCUUAUUCGUGUCUACUAUGCUACUGAUACAUAUUUGUUCAACUCAGCCUACGUGACAUAAGGUCGUUCUCUAAUCCGUACAGUUGGACAGUGCAGAAAGACCACAUUGUUCGGAGCUGCCCAUGUUGGCACGGAGGUUACACAUUCGAAGCCGGGCUUGGCCACUCCGCCACUUCUGCCGAGCGUCCAGUGGCCUCCCACAACCCAGGUAUGAUGUCAUUGUGGUGGGCGGAGGGCAUGCGGGGACGGAGGCAGCAGCAGCAGCAGCUCGAGUGGGAGCAGAAACACUGCUCAUCACCCAGAAGAUACACACCAUCGGUGCCCUGUCCUGCAACCCCUCCCUGGGUGGUGUGGGUAAGGGCCAGCUGGUGAGGGAGGUGGAUGCUCUGGAUGGCCUGAUGGGCAGAGCGGGGGACUGGGCCGGGGUCCACUUCUCCAUGCUCAACCGCAGCAAGGGGCCGGCCGUCUGGGGACCGCGCGCACAGCUGGACCGCCCACGCUACCGGGAAUUCAUCCAGUCUGAGCUGCUGUCCAUGCCGAGGCUGACUGUAGUGGAGGGCUCUGUUGAGCAGCUACUGGUGUCAGAGCCGGAUGCUGACAGACCAGGAACACACAGAGUCACUGGAGUCCGCAUGGCUGGCACAUCCUCCAAUGUCCACUGCUCGUGUGUGGUCCUCACCACCGGCACGUUCCUCUCCGGCCGCCUCUUCAUGGGCCAGACCACCUCCCCCGGGGGGCGUAUGGGGGACCCCCCCUCCGGCGAUGGUCUCUCCCACACCUUGAGGACGGUGCUGGGGCUCAGUGUGGGCCGCCUGCGCACGGGGACACCCCCCAGGAUCGUCAAGGAGACCGUGGACCUCACGCUCGCUACCGUGCAGGAGCCAGACCGACAGCCCACGCCGUUCAGUUAUAUGAAUACAGAGACGCAAUGCCCGUCAGAGGAGCAGUUGCCGUGCUACCUGACGUACACCACGCCGGGAGUGGAGCGGGUGGUGAGGGAGAGCCUCCACCUCAACUGCCAUAUACAAGAAGACACCAAGGGACCCAGGUACUGUCCGUCCAUUGAGUCGCGCGUGCUGCGGUUCCCCGGGCGGCGGCACCAGGUGUGGCUGGAGCCUGAGGGCUUGACCUCUGACCUCCUGUACCCUCAGGGUCUCUCCAUGACGAUGCCCCCUGACCUCCAGCUGCGACUGCUCAGGGAGAUACCUGCCCUAGAGAGAGUGGAUAUCAGCACCCCAGGGUAUGGGGUGCAAUACGAUUUUGUGUGCCCCACUCAGCUCUCCCCAUCGCUGCAGGUGAAGAGGGCCCAGGGGCUCUUCCUCGCUGGCCAGAUCAAUGGCACCACAGGUUACGAGGAGGCGGCCGCACAGGGUCUGUGGGCGGGCGUGAACGCAGGUCGCGCUGCACUGUCCCUCCCGCCUCUCUCCCUGUCCCGUACGGAGAGCUACAUCGGCGUGCUGAUAGACGACCUGGUGUCCCGUGGCGUCACUGAGCCCUAUCGCAUGUUCACCAGCCGAGCAGAGUUCCGGACGUCGCUGCGGCCCGACAACGCAGACCUCAGACUCACACCCAAAGGGUUCGAGGAGGCUGGCUGUGUGUCUGCGAAGAGGUACUCUGAGGUGCGCAGGGUAGGGCUGGGGUUGGACGCGGGGUUAGAGGCCCUACAGUCCAUCUCUAUGUCUGCCCCGCGAUGGAGAGACGCACUCAACACGACCUGCAUUAGCGAAACCAAGAGUACACUACUCAGUGCUGAGGACGUUCUGCAGUACAAAUAUAUAACCUUUAAGAUGUUAGCCACUGCUUUUCCUGAAGUCUUCUCUCCUCAUCUGGAGUUUGCGCAGAGACUAAAGAUAGAAGUGCUGUACCGCUCCCACUGUGAGAAGCAAAGGAGGGAGAUGGAGAGGAUUCAGGAGGAGGAGAGUCUCCGGCUGCCCCCAGACCUGGACUACCUCUCCCUCAACGCAUCACUCUCCCAGGAGGUCCGAGAGAUACUACACAGGGUCCGACCCGACACGUUGGGAGCUGCCACCCGUUUGCCAGGAAUGACCCCGGCUGCCAUAGUUCAUCUGCUCUACUAUGUGACAAAGGCACCACACAGAGGCAGCAAUCCACCAAGAACAUCAAUGGAAUCCAAACAAUCGCAAAGCCAAGAAAAUACAGGAAACAUACACCACAAGGACUCAGACACAAAACUAUAUAGUAGUAAUAUAUAAAUGUGUAUUUCUAAAUAACUAUGUAAAAUAAUAAA